CGACAGUGUACAGUGAAUAUAAUUGCAUUGUAAAUAAAACAUCAGUACUGCUGAUAUGUAUUCAAAGGUUGCCAGGAAAUUAUAUGAAAUGAAUUCCCAAACACUAAGAAAUUCCUUUACAUUUUUGUUCAAUGAAUGGACAAGGUUUGGAAGGAAGCUCUGACAUCACUCAGGUCGUUUGGCUUGUUUCGAUGGCUACAGACCCCUUCCCAA